AUGAUUUUUUCAACUCCAUCUAACGAAUCUGAUGAAAAACGAGAACGUCAUAUUCAAGAAGAAACAAUAAUUCGUUUAGAAUUUGUUGAAUUCGAACGAAUUUUCAUAGAAUAUAUUUUUAAUUUAUUCAAAAUUCUUAUUCAAGAUGAAAAAAUGAUUCAUAAAACACGUAAUCUUUUUAUUUUAUUUAUCAAUGAAAUUCUCCUUCCAAUGACAACAAACGAUUCUCAAUUAAUUCAAUUAAAACAAACACUUCUAACAAAAAAUGAUGUUGACGUAAAUCUUUCAUUGAUUUUAAAUGAACUUGUUCAACAGAGAAAAAUUCAACUUGAAAAUUAUAAUGUCAAUCUAUCGAAAGCUGUAGAAUUAUUAUGUGAAAAAAAGUCAAUAUCGUUACGUGCAGCAUCCGAACAAUUAUGUUUAUUAUUAGAUCGUUAUAUUCGUAAUACAUCAUUCAAUGAUGCUAAUCGACGAUUAGAAUUUCUUCAACGAUCAAUUCGAAUUAUUGAAACGUUUCAUGAUUUUUUUAGUUCAACUAUAUUCGAUGAUUUCAAUCUAACAACUAGUAUUAAUCAACUAAGUACAGUAACCAUUCGAUUAUUACGACCAUUAUUAACAUUUAAAGAUCGGUUCAUUUCGUAUAAUAUGUUAACCGAUACAGAUUUUCUUCAUAUUAAACAACAAUAUUUUCAAGAUACAAAUAAUGAUUAUAAUAUAAAUGCAAGUCUAUUAAAAUCAUUCGAUCGUGUUCAAUCAUUUCCAAUACGAUCAGCACGAAAUCACAUGAGAAAACUUGUUGAACGUUUCAUUAAUGAUGUUGAUAAACAAUCGAAAAUAAGAAAAACUAUUCAACAUUACGGAACACUAUUAGAAUGGAUUCGAAUACGUUGGACAUUUGAUGAUUAUUUAACAAACUCUAUUCAUAAUGUUUUACAGAAAAAUGUUUCAAUUACGCGACAUUUUAUUAUCGAAUGUGAAUUAAAAUUUUCGUGCACAGAAUUAAUUAGCGAAAUAUCAAGAAUUAUUGAAAAUACUGUUAGAAAUUUACCUAUUGAAUCAAGUACAUUAGAUAAUCAAUAUGUACAAAAAACAGAUGAAUUAAAAAGUUUACUAAAUACAAUAGCAAAUGUUAAAAAAAGACUCGAACGAGUAAAAAUUCGUUUAGAUAAACAGUUGAAUAUGGAUAAAAAUCAACAGUUCUCUGUCGAAAGUGCACAAAAUCGUAAUUCAACACUACUCCGUGAUGGUGAUGUUUUUCGUGCAGCAUGUCAUGAAUUAGAAGUACAGCAAACUUGUUUUGAAAAACAGUUAAUUCAACUAAAUGCUCAAUUGGGUCAGAUUUCGAAUGAUUUUAAACAAAUCCAAGGACGACGUGAACAAGCGUUAACAAGAGCGAUAGAAGCAAAGCAACAAUUUCAAAAAGCAAUGACAGAAAUUUUUGAAUCGGAUUCAUAUAAAUUUAUUCGAAAAUAUUUUGAAGAACCUGAUGAAAAUGAACUUCAUCGUCUGAUUCAAUAUCUUCGUCAAUCGCGAUCAAAUCGAGCAUUGAUCAAUAGAGAUGAUUCACUCGAUGUUCGAGCUACACUUGAAACACAAUUUGGACGUGAAUUAAUUACACAUGAAAAUAUUCUUCGUUCGCCAAUGAUCUUCUUUAUUUGCGGUUUCUUUUUUCUUCCAAAUUUUGAUCAUCGUAUGCGACUAUAUAUCAUGUCUCGAUGGGAUCAAUUAUUAGACGAUAAAAUCGAUAUAAGAACAUUGGACGGUAAAAAUAUUCUUCUUUUUUAUUGUCCAAAUCAACAUCCGUAUGAUUGCGCUUUUCUCAAAUUUAUUAACGAACCAAAAAAAGUAUCAGUUACAGUCUUAAGUUUAACUUGUAAUUUAAAUGUAGAUGAUUUAAAUGAUUGUUUGUACAGAAUGCUUCCGGAUGGAAUGGAUCAUUCAAUUAAUCAUGAGAAUUUAUAUUCCAUUCGUGAUAUAUUACCUGAUGAUGAUGAUCUUCAUGCAUUUUCAUUAGCUUGUUUAAUGCAGAUUUACAAUCAACCAGUAAACUUCACAAGUAAACAAAUCUAUGAGCAUGUAUUGAAAAUAUUUAAUCAAUUAAAAUAUUUCGUUGCUAAUACUCCAAUUGAAAGUCGACCAUUAACUCUUUAUGCUUAUCAGCAAGCAGUUCGAUUUCAAAAUGAAAUUGAAAACUAUUCUAAAACCGAAUUGAAUGAUACUAAUCAAUGGUUGAUCGGAGUGAAACAAUUAUGGAUCCUAUUAAAACCUUAUCAAAACGUUUUUUCAUUAACAUAUGCACAAACUAUCGAACAAAAUCUUCGACAUCAAAUUCAAUCGCUUCAACUAACAGAUCUAUCAAGUCGUCUUUCAUCAUUAGUAUAUUUAAAAUCAAUUAAAGCAAGAUUUACUUGUAUAUCGAUAAUUGAUGAAUAUAUACGUAUUGGUUUUGAUCAAAUCGACAAUCAAAUUAUUGAUGAAUUUGAAUGUUUCUGUAAUUUUAUAAAUAAAUGUCGGCAUUUAUUAGAUUUACUUGUUCGAUAUGUAACUAUCAAAGGUGAACAAUAUGCAAAUGAAUUACACCGAUUAACACCGAUAAUUAUUGAACAUUUAGAAACAAUAUUUUAUUCAACGCUAACAGGAACUGAAAUUAACAAUGGACGUUUAUGUGUUUCGGAAAAACUAGAUGCAGAUAAAUUGAAAGAUUUUCAAGAUAAACUCGAUUCUUAUCUAAAUGAAAUUAAAUUUCUAUCGAAUAUAAAAUCUCGAUAUGGUUUAGAUCAUUUCAUUACUGAUUUAGCAUAUAUAUUCGAUGAAAAUCGUUCUAUACGAACAUUAUCAAAUGAACAAAUUGGUGAAUCAAGACGCACAACAUUUAAUAUAAGAGAUCCACGUGACAUUCGUAAACAGGAAAUGCAAACAAAGAUCGAUAGAAUUAUUUCUAAUCUAACCGAGCUUACUUCUCGUGCAGGCCAAUUACCAUUAAGACCACAUAAUCUUAUUCAACGUAUGCAUCAUACCUUACAUCAAUUGAAAAAUUUUCAUAUAUGCCAAGAAAAUCAAGCAACAAUUCAAUGUUUUCUUACUGAAGAAGCAAUUCUUGUUGGUUUAGUAGAAAAAUUUCAACGAGAAAUUAAUCAUUACACAGCAUUUCAUGUUCAUUUACCUAAUGAUGAAGAUAUACACGAAAUUUCAGCAGAUGAAUUAAUUAUUGAAAAUGAAGAAAUUAUUAAAAAUGACUAUUCCGAUGCGUUAAAAGCCUUUCUUAAAAAAAUUUCAAAUCAUAGUCAAUCAUAUUCAUUUACUGAUCUAAGUGAAAGUAUUCGUUUAAUUCAUGCUUACGUAUCAAAUCAAAUGUGGAUACGUACCAUGUGCCUAUCGAAGUCGUCGACAAAUGAACAAUUACGAACAUAUCUAAUCUUAUUAAAUGAUGAUUUAGCUAUUCAAUGUGGUUAUGAUUUUUCAAAUUCAGAUUCAUUAUUAGUCAAUGUUGCGCUUGCUUAUGGGCAAUUUCGAUGUGACAUAUUAACUGAAGAAACAAAACAUGAAAUGCUCUCAAAUUAUGCUGCUGUUGCUCGUCUUACUGUUGAACUUCAAGAUUGGAUGGGAAAGGCUCACUUAAAUGUUUUUAAUAUAUUAGAAAAUAUCAAAACAAUAAGUGAUAAUCUAAAUCGAGUACAAAAUCAAUUAAGAAAUUAUAAUAGUGAUAAUAUUAGUUUUAGUUUAUUACCAAUUGAAAUGCGUCCUGAAGAUCUUAUUUGUCUUUUCGCACCUGAAUGCACGGCAAUUAUUCAAUCGAUAUGUUCGAAAGUUAAUGAUAUCGACGAAUUUCUUUCUAAUCGUACGGCUAAAGUUGAAUCAAUUCCACUUUUAUCUACAGUACGACCAAAAAUUGAACCAACACAUGGUUUAUCAAGUUACGUUUAUCUCAAUCAACCGUCUACACCAACGUAUUUAUUCGAUAGAUCAAAACAUAUUCAUUAUAUUAUCGAUGGUACAAUUCAUUUUCUUCAAAAAUUAAUUAAUUCAUGUAUUGACAUUGACUAUUCCAAAUGGCAUCUAUUACAGAUUGUAACUGGCUACAAAGAAUUAUUUCCAUUACAUAUGUCAAUUUCAUUGGCUAUGAUGAUUAUCGUUAGUUGGUCAGCUGAUUAUCUUAAAGAUUUUCAAUCAUUUAGUCAUCUAUUAACAAUAGUAACAUUAAAAGAAAAAUUAAAUGACAUUACGCUCUUAAGAAAAAAAAUUGAAGAAGAAAGAAAUAAAUUAACUGAAUAUCAAAAUGAACUUCAAGAAGCAAAUAAGGCAGUAGGACGGGAUCGAAAUGCUAAACAGAAACGAGGAGAAUGCUCUCGUAAAUAUAUUGAACAAGAAGAAAACCUUCAACAAAAAGCUAAACAACAAGAGAAUGAUGUUGAUGAUUUACAAGAUGAUUUGAAUAAACUAUCGAAUAGUUAUCAUAUUGAACUUAAAACCAAACAAGAACAAUGUUUUGACGAUGUUACUCAAUGUUUGAAUUUAAUUUUUCGUGAACUUCGUAUUUUUAUAAUCGAUCUUAUUCAUUCAAAUCAAUCAUCAUCAAUGGAAACACAUGCCGAACUUCUUGUAAGUAUUACUUCGUUUGCUCAACAAGAACUACUCAAACCGAAGACCAGUAGACUUGAUUUGAUGAAAAUUAUUCAAACUAAACAAAUCAUUGAUGAUCGAUUGAAAGAACUUGGCAGUCAUGCAAAGAAUUUAUCCGAAAAAGAUCCUUUAUAUCAUUAUAUCAGAUUUUAUUCUGAUAUUUUACGUAUUUCAUUUUGUUCAUUGAAACAUUCUUGUAACAGCUGGAUAAUUUACACGGAAAAUAUCAAAUCAUUAGAAAUCGGAUCAUAUCUAUCGGAUAAUAGUAAGCGACUUUUCUGCAAAUUAAACAAAUCAACACAUGAUCAUUGUCUUGGCUUUAUUGGAAAAAUUCGAACAUGUGAUGAAGAAAGUGAAAUAAUGAAACAUGCGCAAGAGAUUAGAUGUAAUGUUAUAAAUGAAAUCCACAGUAUCGAGUCUUUAUUAACGGGACAACAAUUUAGUCAACAAAUCCAAAGCCUUAUUCAAGAAUUUGAGCGGUUCGUUAUUAAUUUACUGAUUAUUGGUUGCCGUUAUUUGCAAUUACAACGUGGAACAUAUGAACCACUGGAUGAUUUAUUAAGUGGAAUUACAGUAGAAGUUAUCGAUCCAUAUUUACCACGAAAAGAACUUGAAUUGCUUCAGCUACUUGAUAUGUGUGAAAUGCAAUUAAAAACUCAUUGUGAUACACUUUUACUUCAACGAUUACAUAUUGCAUUUGAAUUCAAUUCGAAUCCAUUUUCUCUUUUCACUCGCCUUGAUCGAUCAGCUAAAGCCUUAACACAAUUUAUUCUACCAGCGGCUCAUAUGAUUCAACGAAUGUGGUUAACAAUGGCUGAAUUAAUUAAUAAAGCCAGCUUCUUGAUGACCGAAGAUGAAUAUGAAAUCGUUCUGGAUGUUUGCAACGAUUUUCUUCAAUGGACUCAAACAUCCAGUGAGAUAAAACAAGAAUAUAAUUUUAUUCCAUUGCAACUUAAAUCUAAUCGAUUCGAGCAGAUGUCGAAAAAUAUUGAUAGACUAUGUCAAUUAUUACUUCAGACACGUUCAAAAAUGAAUCCAUUUUGUGAAAAUAUGAACUAUCGACGGAAUUCAACAUUGAAAGAAAUUCUACAAUGUUUUGUUGAAGCAAAAACAUAUGAAUUAUUAUCGCGUAAGAAAAAUUUACAAGACAAAGAUAUGAUCCGUCUGUCCGAUAUUGAAAGUGUUUUAAAAAGCAAAAAAAGGAACGUUUCAGAACAAAUUAAUUUUAAUAAUCCGGACGAUCGAUUUCGAUGUCUUCAAACUUUAUAUCAUUUAAUCAUUAAUGGUAUGAAUAAUCUUGGCUCAAAUUUAAUGAAUAUUCCUACGAGACAUGUUGAUCAUCAGACUUUAUCAUUACUUGAAGAUUUAAUACAAAAAUUUUAUGACAAUAGUGAGCAGUUUUUAUUUGUACGAUCACUAAAUGAAUAUUUCACUAAUAAUCAACUGAUUGAACAAGUGUUUGAAUCCUUAGAAACUAUUCAUCGAUUGGAAUUAAAAAUCUUUCAAGAUCGAUUUUCACUAUCGACCGUAACUUUUAAAGAACGUUACAGGGAAUUUUGCCAUUCUAUUGAUAUUCAAGAUUGCAUUGAGGAUGCAUCAAACGCUGUUGAACAAUGGAAAAUAGCUGGUGAACGUUUUAUUGAUUUACGUCGAAAACAAUGGCUAAGUGAUGAAAGUUUAUGCAAACAAAUUAGACUAGAACUAUCUGUGGCUGGCAGAAACAUUCUUUCUCCCUUUCUCAAGUCGCAUAGUGCAGCUGAUUAUGAAGCAAGCAUUCUCCACUUAAUAAAACAGAUUCAAAAACGACUACAAUAUGAACAAGUGGGUUCUGAAUUUAUUUUUACUUUGGCAACAUCUCAAACAUUAGUUCGAAAAGUCAUUGAUUUAUAUCACAAAUAUGUACCAUUUCCACUGCAACCACUGAAUGAACGCGAAUUGUUUCAAAGUACUUCUCAAGUUUUUGUCUUUGAUAUUGAACUCAAUCAUCAGUAUGAAUCACAGACGGUUUUUCUUCAUAUUUGGGAGUCAGAUGAAGUAGAGCCAUCGGUUAAAAUUCCUAUUGAAAUUUUCGGAAAAAAGAAACUGCAUCUUUUUGCCAAUACGCAGAUAAAAAAACUCUGCCUGAAUACUGCCAAAUGGAAAGGAUACGAACAGGAAUGGAGACCAUUGCUUGAUAAAAGUCUAAUAUAUUCCUUUGAUAACAUACAAAUGCGAUGUCAUUCAGUUAAUUCGGAAGAAGUUUUCUAUACCGUUCAUGUUCGUGAUCAUACAAUCAAUAUAAAUGACGUUUUGUCAGUGACUGAUCUUCAGAAACUUUUAAAAACUUUAGAGAAAAAAUUUCAGCGACAAAUCAGCCAAAAGAAAGAACAAUCAGAUUGGAAGAAAUCAAUCGUUACAAGGAUUUUACAAUCAAUUGCUGAUAAUCUACGUCAAACUAACCGACUUUUUCAAUGUACACCAAUAUCUGACGAUGAUUCAUUAACAAGUUGGAAAAUCUAUUCUAUAUAUCAACAAUUGCCAUGUUUUGAUGCAUUCGAAAAAUCCAUUAGCCUUCUUCAAGUCAAUAAUCUAUCGUUGAUGCCUAUUCCAUUGAAAAUUGUUGAGGACAAAAACCCUGCAAUUCAUUUACAACUUCAUCACGUAUGGACACGAUCUAUGAAUGCAGCAUAUCAACUUGGCAAACGAGCAUUGGCCAAUGUACAGAACCGGCUAUUUUAUAUUCUGUACCAUCUACGUUUGACCAAAGCUCAUGCUAUUCUAUGUUAUGCUUUGGAAAAUGCUCGUCUAGUCAAUAUAAAUAAUGCAUGUGAACAAAUAUUUGAGAAUAUGACGAAGAACUUCAAGACAUUAAAUCAAAAUUUUAUUGGAAAUAAAUCUGAAACUAUCAAGCAUGUUGAAGAAUGCAAGCGAAUCAUUAAUGAAGCAACUCAAAUCUAUCGUACAAUUAAAAGAAUUGGAAUCAUUGGGAAUGAUAUGAAACAUCUUGAAAUGGGAGGAAUUCCUACUGAAAGUAAUAUGAAUGAAGCUUUUUUUGACUCACAGAUGGAUCGUGAUGUUCAUCUAUGGUUAAUCAAUAAUAGUUCAUCUAAUUUAUUAGAGUGUAUUCCACAAUCAGCUAUAUUAGAUUUUGGUAUUACACGUAGUGGUGUUUAUCAACGAUUGAUUCAACGUAUUUUUAUUCAUAAUCAUUCAGGAAAAGAUAUAACUUUACGAAUUAAACCAUUCAGUACCCAUGAAAAAACAUUUGAUGUCAUAAAAGAAAAUCUACCAGUUAGUAUAAACGCUAUGGCUGAAUUUGAAGUGUUGCUAAAACCUCCGACAGACGUUAAAAUAGUAGAAGAAGAAUGGAAUCUUAUUAUUGAUGAAACAAUUACAUUAGAGAACAUUGUUAAAGUACUUGUUCGCAUAGUUGAAGUCGAUGUUGAACUCUCAUCUGACACAAUCAAAUUUGGUAAUGUUGCUUGUGGUACUUGUCGGAUUGAAGAGAAACUCUUUUUAAAUAAUGUAUUAAAUUGUCCACUACGAAUCAAAGCACAAUUUCAAGCUACUGAGUUAAGUAUUCGCCAAUCAACAUUAACUAUUGCUGAUAAAGAACUUCAUUUACCUGCGAAUUCAAAGCUCCCAUUUACUGUUGCACUUGAAACUUGCGAUAAUCAUGAAGAAGACAUCAACGCUGAUGUUGUGCUCGCGGUUGACACACGUAACAAUCUCAAAUGGAUUAAAAUAUUGGCACAUGUGAAACGAAGCUCUUUGAAAAUUCUCUAUCAAAAUCAUAUUAUCGUUGACAACGACUCAAAAGGCCAUUUAGCAAUAGAUAAUUUUUAUCCGCAUGAAGUUCGUCGAGUUCCGAUAGAAUUCUAUAAUAGUGGACUUGUUGAAUACACACUUUAUUUAACAACUGAAGAUCGUGCAUUAGUAAUAAUUCAUGAUGCUCGAGUGAAACUAUCCGCUGGAGCGAGAACAACAAUAGAAAUCGAAGUAAACAUGCCAAGUGAUAGUUUGUAUAAAAUCUUCAAUAUCGAUAUUCAAUUUUUGAACAUUCGACGUCAAUGUAAAUUAACAUUAACAUGCAAAGCAGUUAUGCCUGCACUUGAGUAUCAUAUUUCUGAAGCUGAUAAACAUUGUGUCAUUAUUAUAAGUAAUGAAAAUGAUAAAAAAGAGAUCUGGGAUUCAGCAUUAAAGAUUCUUAAACCUAUAAAACAUCAAGUGACUUUCCAUAAUACAAGCAGCUCUGCAGCAACACUUCAAUUUGAUCGAAUUCUAAUACAAGGAAAUCCGUUGAUGCUGCCGACAUCUUGUUUUGAUAUUCAACCGAAGAAAACCGUUGUUCCUCCACAAUCACAGAUUGCCAUAGAUAUCUGCUAUCAUCCAAAAGAUUUGUGUCCUUUCCACGGUACGCUUGAAUUCACAAGUAACGCAUGGGAUCUUCCAGAACAAAUCCCGUAUAAUUUGGAAUUUCAUAGACCCAUCGUUGAUACAAAUCCGCGUACAAUAAUUGAUAUUGGCCUUAUCGAAGCGGAUAAAAAUUUUCGAAAUAAACUACUCUGUGUCGAAAAUAAAGGGCAUGCAGAACUACGGGGAUUUUUUUCUGGACCCUAUUGUCUCCAUUCAUUAGUGAAAUUAGCUGAUUUGGAAUCUGCAUCCUCCGCCUCCUCCUCAUCAUCGCUCCUCGCUAAAACAAACGAUGGAUUCAUUAUUGAUUCGAAAAAAAAGCGUCAAUUCUUUGUCAGGAUUGAGUUUAAUUCACAAGACACAUCAUCUUUACCAAAUAUAAUUAAUCUUUUUAGCUUUCGAUUAGUCACGGAAUGUGAUCCUGUCAUCGAUAUUCAUGGGAUGUUGGUCAAUCGGGAACUUAAUUUUUUGGUGAUUGGACAUACGAGAUCAUUACCUGAACUUUCUCUGCCUGAUGAAUCAGACUAUAAACAAUGGUCAUCAUUAAAACUAUUACCAUCAGCUUGGCUUUAUUCCAUCACUACGGGCCAUCAAAUUUAUGAGAAGUACACUCCUGCAAUACUAAUUACCGCAAUCGGUCAUAUUUGUGGUUCUCAACAAACGAAAGAGAAGCUACCCAUAACUUUGGAAGAAUGGACUACAUUUUGUUCCAAUUUCACUUCUCAUGAUAGAAUACUUGACCUAGAAAUGUUCGAUCAAUCGAAGGAUGCUAAUUAUUCUAUUAAAAUAUUAUCUGAAUUAUUUAAAAAUUCGAAUACUGACUCUUACUUUUACGCAUUUUUCUAUCACUUAGCAAUGCUUAAUUGUUCAUUCUCAUAUGGUAAUACUAUCAAUACUCAUCUAUUCGCUUCAAUCAAUUCUACUAAAAAUACAGAUGAAGUCUAUGCUAUGCAGUGUUAUUCUAAACGAUUUUCGAAAUUCUAUGAAAAAUCGUCUAGUGACGAUAGUCAUCGACAAUCGAUUUGUUUUCUACGUGAAUGCAUCAGCAACGACUCAGUCAUACCCAAACAUGUACUUGACUUCGUCGAAUUCAUGUAUGAAGCUCUGAAUUUGAAAACAGUGGAAGCUAUCAUAAAACACUUAUACGCGAUAUUUCCUGAAAAUGAUACAAUCAGUGAAUUGCUGACAAUUAAAAUCGAUUCUCGUGGAAAACAUCGCUGGCCGCUACUCUUCGCACUCAUUUCAGAUAAUAUUAGAGACAUUGCCAUUCGACUCAUCAGUGAAGACUAUGAGGAACUACUGAAUGUCCAUUUAAGACUGAUUAAUGAGCAACCAUCGAUUUUCUGCGGACAAGCCGUAUUGAAAACGGUCAAAACCAGGAAUAAUAUGUGGAAUUUACUUACAUUAAAUGAUAAAAAUACUCAUCUGGAACCGUUUUUUACUAAUUAUCCAAAUUUCACGUCAAUUUUUGCUAGAUUAUCAAAUCAAAAACAGCCUAAAAUCAGCGAUGUUCUAUUAGUUACGGAAAUAAUUUUAAAACAUUUCAAUCAACUUCAAGAUUUCAAUAAAAUUGACACUAUUUUUCAAGCGAUAGAACCAUCUGACAUAAGACAAGCACUUAACGCUUUUCCUUCUCUGCGUGAUAAACGGAGUGAUCUUGCCUCAAAUAUUUUUCAACUGAAAAAAUCAUUCUCUGAUAAUUCAACCGAUGAACGAACACGUUACAAUCAAAUCGACAACUUCUGUACCAUACUUCAACAACUGGUAAUACUAAAUGAUGAUCAAUUGAAAACAGUUCAAUCCAGUAUAAGAUCGGCGUGGUCUCUUCUUUGUGUAGUAAGCAAAAAUGAUACACGACUAUCGGAUGUGAUCGACAGAGCUCUUCAUCUAUUAUAUGCACUUGACAACAAAAACGAGUUUGCGUUAGUUCGAGACGCUUAUAAACAAUUCUGUUCUACACCAUCAUGGACAGCAAUGCAGCGUUUAACCAAUAUAAUCCAUUCUGGUUAUGAGAUCAAUAAUCUCAUCGAAAAACUAAAUACUUCUAUAGAUGAAGAAGAAAUGGCAUCAAACGCAUUUCGAAUUUGUCGUUAUUUAUCGACUAGUAACGAACAAGUGUUAUUCGACAAGAUAGAAAUAAAAACUCAAGAACUAUCAUCAACCAAACUAUCAAAUAUCGAACUAUUAAAACAAAUAGAAGAAUCUGCGUCAAACCUCAUAAACAAUAAAGCUCAACUAUUUCUUCAGUCAAUUCGAACUUUCGAACUGAUACUGUCCAAGAAUGCUCAUGAUGAUCAAUCGCUAUUCAAAAGUCUUGCUUCAAUGUGGCAGACAGUAUUCGAUAUUACUUGUAGCAAUUCGUUGCGAAUUUUUGAAAUCAUUGAAUCUAUGUUAACAUCGUGUCAAAAUCUAAUUAUUACAAAAGAAAUACCGUUGUGUCAAGAACUUUACAUGACAAAUUUGGCAGCAGCACUCUGUAUGUUGGCCAGCUACCGACAGGAUACUCGUGAGAUGUCAACAGCAGUCACUGUUAAAUGCACGACUCCAUCUAUUAUGUCAAUUAUUCGAUCACAUAUUCUUAAUCGAAGUUCAUUAACUGAUGAGAUCUUAUCCAUUGACAAGACUGCAUUGGCUACAACACUCAAGGAGAAUGCUGUUUCGAAACAGACACCAACAAUGGCCAUAGCACGAUUAUCAUCUUAUACCGAGGGCACUCUGAAGAAAAUGCACGAUUCAAUUUCAGACUACUUCACUAGUCGGCCUCCAAAGCUAUUUCAUUUUGAAGUAUCGGAUACAGUUAAAGAAGUUAUCAAUAUUGCAUUUAUUUAUCGGACUCAGAUUGCUGAAUGGUACGAUGCUUUCAUGACAUUUUAUGUUCUCAUAUUUCAUUCACCGAGUUCGGCUCUAUCAAGUUUAACUGCAUAUGGUUCUCGUAUUGUGGAAAAUGGUCUAUGCAUGCUACGUGAUCUUAUUGUAAUCAUAGCCAUACUCGAACCAACCUUUACUCGUAAAGGCAUUCAAUUUCUUGUCGACGAUUUAGCGCGCCUAGAAAAUUGUUUUCGUUCUUUGUCCCUCGAAAAUUAUCCUAACUUGAAAAUGGUACUUCGUCUACUACAUAUCGAUAUAAAUCAUCCUAGUUUUAACUUUCAACUACCAUCACGUACACUCACAAACAAAGGAAAAACACUACGAAAGUUAAAAUUCGAUCUGGAUGUGCGUGCAAUUACAGCGUCUCUACAAACACUAGAGCAGUUAACAAGUAAUUCAAUAUCGCUGGUUAACGAUGAUAACAACUUUAUAUUAUCAAAGUCUGAGCAUGAUAAUGUGAUUACCAAUGAAAUCUAUCAGAAAAAUAGCAGCAACGAGACAACUACAAAAAUCACAACUCAAUUGAUUGACACACCGUCAAGUAGCAUCACAAACAAUGGUCGAAGUCGUCGAGCACAACGAUUAACUAAUUACAUGUUAAAUCAGCGUACAAGUAUGCAAGAGCCUACAGAAAUCAGUGGAAACAGUGCUGUCAUUGGUGAUAAUAUGGAAUCGAUUAUUGCAAGCUCAAUUCCAAGAAGUAAUCUAGACUUAUCACUAAGUUUUAUGCGAGAAUAUUUGAAGCACGAUACGAAAGCAAUUGAUUUUUACAGAUCAGCCAAUCAAAGCAUCACUUCCAUUAUACCCGAGGGUAGACUUGACAAUCGAUCGGAACUGCAAUGGACCAGCAAGCCCGAGCGAUGGACAUAUCAAAUGUUAGUUGAGACACCCGUUAUCACUCGUAUUGUUGAUUUGAUAAUUCAAGAAUUUCGUGCAAGCUUGGAAAAGAUAUUUAGCCGAAGCAAUCUACAUAAACAACAUGAAAUUCAGUGGUGCAUAAUGAUCGACAAUUCAGGUUCGAUGAGUAUUCAUCGUCAUGCCAUUUAUGAGAGUCUUGUUGUACUCAUGGAAUUAUUGCGUAGACUCGAGAGUAAAUUUGCCGUAGCACGCUUUGGUGGACGUACAAAUCAGAAAAUCUUGAAAAAUCUGGACGAUCUCUUUACAAUACAAGAUGGCCAGUAUGUUCUAGAAGCGCUGACCUUUGAUGAAGGUACUUAUCCAGCAACAGGACUUGCUCGUGUAGCUGAUCGAGUCUUUCCUGAAGGUAAAAACAAUUCAUCUACUGAUGUUCAUGUUCACCAAUUUAUGAUUAUGAUAACCGAUGGUUUAACAAACGAACGGGAAGACGCAACAUAUCUAGGUACAACAAAAAAACAUAAUAUCGAUCUUGGCAUUUUAUUCAUUGAAACAGACAAGGAAGCAACAAGUCAAGUACUUCUUGAUUGUUUAACCCAAGUACAAAAUGUUGUGAUUAAAUCGAAUAAAAUGGCGGAGCUACCACAUAGUAUGCCCAAGUUAUUAUAUAAGAUGAUUGAGAAGUGUCUAAACGAAACGAACCCCAAUGGAGAGAAAACGAAUUUAUUAUCAACAAUACACAUUGUAAUACCGAGUUAUGAUGGAAGCACGGCAAUACCCAGUAAAGUAACUGGUGAAAAUAUAAAAUAUUCAUGUGCAAACCCUUGUUCAUACGCAAUCAAUCAUUCAACAUUUAUCAUCCCUGAAUCAACUCAGAUUCAUGCUGAAUUCACAACAUAUGUAACACGUAAUAUCGACUAUACAGACUAUAGUUCGCAUGCUAUUGGCAAACUUCGACAGUAUUAUGAAUCACUCAAGAUCAGUCCAUCUAUCCUCGAUGCUGAAAAGACUUGGCUCAAUGAUGAAAAUCGAUUUUCAGCUCUAAUUGAUGUCGUAUCAACGGUGUUUGGUGAACUUAUUUUUCGUUUUAACAGAUUUACCCGAAGACGAGAAGCAUUACGAGGUUCAUCACUUUAUAUGCCUGGUGUGAUCAAAGCAUUGGCAACUGACUGGAAUCAUAAAAAAAUCUUUGGUGCUAAACUUGCUGGAGGCAAACGGGAUCAUACCAUAUGCCUAAUAGUUGAUGUUUCAACGUCAAUGUUUGGUACACUCAGUUUGGGUACUCUUGAUGCUAUUGUUGUAUUGAUUGCUGCAUUAAUCAAGAUUGGCAUCGAUAAAUUUUCAAUCGUAGUUUUCGGGCGAACUGUUCGAUUAAUAAAAACUAAUGAACAAGGAUGGAAUGCUAUGACGAUCUAUACGCUCAUGCAGGAAUUGUGUUUUGACCGAGAUGAUGAAACAAGAGAUGCUGAUGCACUUGAGGUCGGUGUUGAUCUACUUCAACAAUGUUCGACGCGAGGUGAAAAGAAAAUUUUUAUUCUCACUGAUGGCUACAGUAGUUGUCGAAAUAAAUUGAUUAUGGUACAAGAACGCGCCGUACAGAAUGGCAUCGAUAUCAUUGCUAUGGCUAUUGGGAUCGAUAAAACAAAUCUCGAAAAGUUUUACAAGCGAUAUCUUCAAUGUGCCACUGUAUAUGGAUUGCCGAAAGCUUUGCGAGCUCUCUUCGAACACGAAACUGAAGUCAAUUCCAUAGAAAGGUUAACAGACACACCUGAAGAACAAAAUAUGACAAAUCGAAAUGUAUUGGAAGGUCUUUUUGACAAUAUUAGAUCAGAUAAAAUCUUUUCAUGCAUAGCUGAGGAGUUGACUGGCGAGCGGCGUAUGAAGUUGAUCAAUGACGUUUCAUCGUCAACGGAUAUUAUUUUGGAUAUUUGCUUCUGUAUCGAUUGUACAGGCAGCAUGUCACCAUGGCUCUCUGCUAUGAAACUGCAGAUGCAACAAAUUAUAUCGGGUAUCAAAGAUACGAUUAGGAAAAAGCAUGGAUCACUCAACUUUCAAUUGCGUCUUGCUAUCGUUGGUUACCGAGACGUUCAUGAUCAUUGGGAUGACGAACAAUUCUGUGUCUAUGAAUUUACUAAUCAAGUCGAUGAUCAAGUCGAUCAAGUCAAUCCAGUCGAUCAAUUCCUGAACAAAUUAACUGCAACCGGUGGUGAUGAUCUUCCUGAAGACGUGCUCGGUGCGUUGCAUCGAUGUUCGAGAUUGAACUGGUGGAAACCAAAAAGUGCUCGUUGUAUCGUUCUUAUCACAGACGCUCCAGGUCACGGAGAACUGAAUGAAAAACUUCGCGAUAAUUAUCCUAAGGGAGUGAAAUCACGUACAUUGGAGCAAAUCUGUGAUCGUCUCCUCAAAAAGAACUGUGAAAUCGAUCUGCUACUAUGUUGUAUCAAAAACGCAGAAACGCAAACGAUGCAAAAAGCAUUUACUGAUUACUACAAAAGAAAAGAUUCAGAUAAAUCUUUUACUGUCUUUCAUCCAUUCCAAGAAGAUGAGCAAGUCCUGCAGCCAUUUCAUUUUCUUUUUGUACUUGAUGGAUCCAAUUCAAUGAAUGAUCAUUGGAAAGCUUUAGAACGAGCUUAUGUUGCCUUUUUAGAAAGUCGUAAAAACCAUCAAGGUGAUGAUGAUAUGUUUAGUGUCGUGCAAUUUAGCGAUGAAGCCCAGAUUGUCUUUGAGCGAAAACCUCUUACCACAGCUCCUCGUAGUAUUAAGCAAUUACAUGGUGGCACAAAUUAUUACAAUGCUUUAAAGGCAGCAGAGGAAGUGAUUCAACGCGAUUCAACAAGGUUAUCGGUGGUGAUGAUUUUCAUGUCCGAUGGACAAGAUCAAUCACAGGAACGUCCAGCAUCGCUUAUUACUGAUCUAAAACAAAAGUACAACCAAAGGCACAAUUUUAAAUGUCAUACUGUUGCUUUCGGCGAAGAACUAUCUACGAAUCCGGAAGAUAUCAAAUUAUUGAAUGAUAUGGCUUUAUGUGGACGUGGAAAAAUGUACGAAACCUCAAAAGAUGAUGAUCUUAGAACUAUAUUUUGUGAUAUUGCAGCAGAAAACAGUAAUAUGACAGCUGAACUUGUUGAUCGUUUCGCCGAUACUAUUACUAAGCAAAUUACAAAAAAAAUCAUGCUUGACUUUCUCUAA